AUGGCUCCGUCAGGCUGGAAGCAAUUAAGCAUAGGAGCUGUAUACUUCCUUCCAUCACUCAUAUCAGCUACCAGAAACGCAACUUUCCUUGAUGUCGAUAUAUUACGGUCCAAGUUGGCUUUGAUGGAUAGCCGACGCGCAGACUGUCCACCCUGCUUCAAUUGUUUACUCCCUUCCUAUUCCUGCGCCCAGUAUGCGGACUGUAACGAGUUUAACGGGAAAUGUAGCUGUCCAGAAGGAUUUGGCGGCGACGACUGUCUUCAACCUCUUUGUGGCUCCUUGGCCAGAGGCCGAGACAGACCAAUGCGUUCCGGGGAUGCUUGUGAGUGUGACGAAGGCUGGACCGGAAUCAACUGCAAUGUUUGCACAGAAAAUAAAGCAUGCAAUGCACUUGUGGAGACUGGAAGCAGUGGUGUGUGCUAUCAGAAUGGCGAGGUCGUGCAUCACAACCACCAGAUUUGCAAAGUGACAAAUAAGAAAAUCACGGACUUGCUUGGUGACCAAAGACCAGAGGUUACCUUUACAUGUCAAAAAGAUGAAGGUAUAUGCGAAUUUCAAUUCUGGGUCGACGCGGUUGAGUCAUUCUAUUGCCAUCUGAGUGACUGCAAGUCAAGCGCCGAAUUCAGCGACAAGGCAAAUACCACGUCGUACCAAUGCGAGAGUAUAAGAUGCCGUUGUGUAUCAGAUCGCAUGCUUUGCGGGAAAGACGGGUCGAUAGAUCUGAGCGACUUCCUCGAUCAGGCAAUCCGAGGUCCUGGUGGCUUCGAAUGUAAGCAACAGGAUGCUGGUGCUCAUGAUUGUGCAUUCACAGAACCGGAAAUGGACAAACUCAUACGUAGUCUUAUCGGAGACUCGAGCAUCCUGCUCAAUUGUCAGUCUGGAGAAUGCCUUCACGAAACCCAGGUCCCUGGCUACACACGACCAAUAAAGCGAAUUAAUACGCCUCUGAUAGCUGGAGUUAUAGCUACGUGCGCACUUUUUCUAGUAGCAAUUAUCAUCACGACUUGGGUUUUGUCGCGCCGCAGGCUCAAGUACGGUGCCAUUCGCCUAGAAGAUUCGGAUGAUGGAGCGGCCAAGCUAAUUGCAGAACAUAAACCCGCUGCUUUAUAUUUCGAAAAUGUCUCAUAUGAGCUAAAUGGCCGGGCAAUUUUGAAUGGUAUCCAGGGCACCUGUCUUCCGGGGGAGGUAACAGCAAUCAUGGGUGCCUCUGGAGCAGGGAAGACAACUCUUCUUGAUAUUUUGGCACGAAAAAACAAGCGUGGCUUAGCUCAAGGCCUCUUUCUUGUCAACGGAGAGAAAGUCAGUACAUCCGACUACAAGAAGGUGGUUGGGUUCGUCGACCAAGAGGAUACUAUGCUGCCAACUCUGACAGUGCACGAAACCAUCUUGAACAGUGCUCUUCUUAGGCUACCCCGCGAUAUGACCCAUGCAAUGAAAGAGCAAAGAGUGCUCGAGGUUGAGAAAGAACUUGGAAUCCAUCAUAUUCGUGACUCUCUGAUUGGCUAUGGGGACGGUAAGAGCCGCGGUAUUUCUGGGGGCGAGAAGCGUCGAGUUGGCAUAGCCUGUGAGCUUGUCACUAGCCCAUCCAUUCUCUUCCUCGACGAGCCUACGAGUGGUUUGGAUGCUUUCAAUGCGUAUAAUGUCAUAGAAUCAUUGGUUACUUUGGCGACAAACUAUCAGCGAACCGUUGUUUUCACCAUUCAUCAGCCGCGAUCCAAUAUCGUGGCCCUGUUUGAUCGAUUGAUCCUAUUAGCGCAAGGAAAGACAGCAUUCUCCGGACCAUUUACGCAGUGCCAGUCAUAUUUUGCCUCGAUUGGUUACGAAUGCCCACCAGGUUUCAACAUCGCCGACUACUUGGUCGAUCUCACCAUGCACGCGGGUGAAAGUAUUUCUGCCGAUGAUGGAUCGGUUCUUCUGGAUGUAGCUACCGUUGGUCCAAGCAGCGCUAAGACAGUCAAAUCAGUCGCUAGUAUAUAUGGGAACAGCGUCGAAGAUGAAGGUGCCAUAGAGGCAUCAGCAGCACAAAGGCCUGGCAAUCUCGGUAGGGGAUCCAUACGCCUUCACCAAGAGCAAGAACUCUUCACUCGCCGAAAGCGGGCGAUAGAUACGACAGCGUCUUCAGACACCGGCGCGGAAAUUGCUGGAAACAAAAUUCAGAUAAAUUCUUCAAACGUGAAGGCAUUCAAGCUUCGCGAAGAUGCACAUGAUCUACCUCCUGCCGCUAAAAUUAGUACGGAUCUCGAUCUCAUAACACAUGCAUUCGCACAUUCCAGUGUAGCUGAAGAUAUUCAUCGAAAAAUCGAACAAGCAAUGGCUGUGGCGGUAGAGGCGAAUGGCCCAACUUUCGAUGGUUACCACCAAAGGGGUUCAAACAUGCUUGCUGGUACCGUUGGGCGAGGCUUUACUCGAAUUGGAUACUGGAAGCAGUUCCUGAUACUAUCUCAAAGAACGUGGAAGAACCUCUACCGCGACCCAAUGCUCAUGCUCACUCACUAUGCUAUUGCAAUAGUUCUGGCCGUGUUUUCCGGAUAUCUGUUUUAUGGCCUGACGGACGACAUUCCAGGCUUUCAGAAUCGGCUGGGUCUUUUUUUCUUCCUUCUGGCACUGUUCGGUUUCAGUACACUCACAAGUUUGACUGUGUUCUCCGCAGAGCGGCUUUUAUUCCUCCGCGAACGAGCCAACGGAUAUUACUCACCUAUCACGUAUUUCACGGCCAAGGUAGUAUUCGACAUUGUUCCCCUGAGAAUUGUUCCACCUAUUCUCAUGGGAUCGAUAAUUUACCCAAUGACCGGCUUAGUGCCUGAUUCAACGCAUUUUUUCAAAUUCAUGCUGGUGUUGGUGUUGUUCAAUUUGGCCGCUGCCUCUAUUUGCCUCCUGGUAGGCAUACUCUUUAAAAAUGGCGGGGUUGCCAAUCUGGUCGGCAGCUUGGUUAUGCUUUUCAGCCUUUUGUUCGCCGGCUUUUUGCUCAACCAUGACGCUACACCUGCAGGCGCCGUCUGGUUACAGAAUCUGUCAAUCUUUCACUUUGGAUUUGAAUCACUCAUAGUCAACGAAGUCAUCGAACUGACCCUUGUCGACAAGCAGUACGGCCUAGACAUUACUGUACCCGGUGCAGCCAUUUUAAGUUCAUUCGGGUUUGAUAAUGGUGCACUCUGGACUGACAUUCGCAAUCUGGGCAUCUUUGCCCUUACUUUCGUUGUUCUAGCAUAUAUAGCAAUGCAUAUCCUCCUUGUAGAAAAACGAUAG